AUGAGCGGACUACAGCGGUCCGAUGCAACAUGCGAGCCGCCAGUAGACUCAGCCUCUCUGCCCCUCGAGCACCGUGGUGGCGCGUACGGCCCGCCCUUACCGCCUCACACAGAUGACCCCUGGCCCCUCUCCACACCCGACAGCCCCAAAAUCAAACAUCUCCAAGUACAAUGUGAGAAGACCCAUAUGCGUGUCAACAUAGAGUUCGAUAGACCGUUCUAUGGUAUGAUAUUCUCCAAAGGAUUCUACAGCGAUCCACAUUGUAUGCACUUGAAACCAGGUACCGGUCACUUGAGCGCCACCUUCGAGAUAUUCCUCAACAGCUGCGGCAUGAGCAGCUCAGCCAACCACAACGUCGCCGCAUACGGAAGCCCUACGCCUAGCGGAUCGUACGUCGAAAACACGAUUAUAGUGCAGUACGAUCCUUAUGUUCAGGAAGUAUGGGACCAAGCGAGAAAACUUAGAUGCACCUGGUACGACUUUUAUGAAAAGGCCGUCACCUUCAGACCGUUCCAAGUCGAUAUGCUGCAUGCGGUUACGGCGAACUUUCUCGGCGACAACUUGCAAUGCUGGAUGCAAAUUCAAGUGGGGAAGGGACCGUGGGCCUCAGAAGUGUCUGGUAUAGUCAAGAUCGGGCAGACGAUGACAAUGGUACUUGCAAUCAAAGAUGACGAAAACAAAUUUGACAUGUUAGUAAGGAACUGUGUAGCUCACGACGGUAAAAGGGCGCCGAUCCAGCUAGUAGACCAAUACGGAUGUGUGGUCAGACCUAAGAUAAUGAGCAAAUUCCAGAAGAUAAAGAACUUCGGUCCAUCGGCGUCAGUUGUAUCGUUUGCCUAUUUCCAAGCCUUCAAAUUCCCAGACUCGAUGAAUGUUCACUUCCAAUGUGUUAUACAAGUUUGUAGAUAUAACUGUCCCGAACCUAAAUGCGGUGGUCUAGGCGCCGACUAUGGCGUGCCAUUAUUAGGUGGCAACGCUCUAGGUGCAGGAGAAUAUGGACUACCGAACGGCGAAUAUGGCCCACCUCCAUCUCCUCACGCAGAAUAUGGAGUUCCACCGGCAUAUCCUGACCCCAGACAUCCAGCGGAUUCAUCGGGUGCUUACUCAGAAAAACGAGAUGACUCCGUCCCACCACCGCAACAAGUACAAGCGUCCUCUACACCAAACGCUCCUAGUCCCUCCUCACCGGCGCCGAGUCGUGACGAAGACGACGUGAACCUCCCACCUCCACCCCCACCAGGUAGACGUGGCGUAUACAACACAGUCAAGAGGAAAGACGAGGGUCACGGUAAUCUAGCCACCCUCGGAGGCCGUCCACGAUCCGUUGAAGAUCUACCCGAAACGUUAGUCGGCGUGAGAAGAAGGCGUGAAACAUCAACGCCCACACGAAUCUACAAACGAGAUGCCCAAGAAAUGACUGACGUAAACACGAGUAGAAUCAUACAAGUUGUAGCUCCGGGAGACGUCAACUUCGCCUUGAACAAUGCUGCUUCGAACGAAACGGUCGUAAUACAGUCGCCAGCGACCGAUCCGGAAACGAUAUGUAUGUCUGUACCGUCCUUUGUAGCAGGGCUCGUGAUGUUGCUGCUGGUGCUAGUGGUGGCAUCGCUGGUGGCCGCAUUUCUUUUCGUGCGAGUGCGCGCGCUGGACAGGAAGGGCGCGCACGGCGCAACCGCAUACUACGAAACUGAUUACGUGAAGCAUACGAAUUAG